ACCCGCACAGCCGAGCCAGAGCCGAGAGGAGCCCCGGGCCGCCGCCCCCUCCCUGUUUGCCGCCGCCGGCCGCCCGUGUCCUCGGACCUGUUCCCACAAUCAGGUAAAACAUGGUGGAUUAUUAUGAAGUUCUAGGCGUGCAGAGACAUGCCUCAGCCGAGGAUAUUAAAAAGGCGUAUCGAAAACUGGCGCUGAAGUGGCACCCAGAUAAAAAUCCUGAGAAUAAGGAAGAAGCAGAGAGAAAAUUCAAACAAGUAGCCGAGGCGUAUGAGGUGUUAUCAGACGCUAAAAAACGGGACAUCUAUGACAAGUACGGCAAAGAAGGAUUAAAUGGUGGCGGAGGAGGUGGAAGUCAUUUUGACAAUCCAUUUGGGUUUGGCUUCACAUUCCGUAACCCAGAUGACAUCUUCAGGGAAAUUUUUGGUGGAAGGGACCCGUUUUCAUUCGACUUAUUCGAUGACCCAUUUGAUGACUUUUUUGGGAAUCAGAGGGGUCCCCGAGGAAGCAGAAACCGAGGAACAGGGUCGUUUUUCUCUGCCUUCGCUGGAUUUCCGUCUUUUGGAGGAUUUUCUUCUUUUGAUACAGGAUUUACUUCAUUCGGGUCCCUAGGUCAUGGGGGCCUCACUUCAUUCUCUUCCACGUCCUUUGGUGGUGGUGGUGGCAUGGGCAACUUCAAGUCCGUAUCGACUUCCACCAAGAUAGUCAAUGGCAGGAAGAUCACCACAAAGAGAAUUGUCGAGAAUGGUCAAGAAAGAGUAGAAGUUGAAGAAGACGGCCAGCUAAAGUCCUUAACAAUAAAUGGUAAGGAGCAGCUGCUGCGCUUGGAUAACAAGCAAUUCAACGCACACGCUUAACAGAAUGUUAACUGUAACAAGCACCAUUUGAGGAUUAACAGGAACUUUUUUUUGAAGAUUUCAAACGAACUCGACUUUGAGUAUCACUGUACCUAAGUAUUUAUAAACCGCCCAUCGGAGCCGUGUUUGUCAUAGACUUUUGAGUUUAUUGUUGGGACCACAUAAUAGGACCAUUUUUUGUCUUUAAAAUUGUUGUAAAUCUCUGUAUGCACUUUGCUUUUUUUAUUAAACGUACUCAAGGUGA